UGGCCCGCUGCGCCUGUGCAGUUGACGCUGCCUGGGGCGGUCUGACGGGCCGCGGCGGUGGCCGGCGGAGGUGGUUCCCGCUGCGUCUGGGUCGCUGUGGUCCCCCGAGUUCUUUCUCUCCAUGGUACGCCUGUGAGGCGAGCUGCCGGCAGACGUCACCUCGGGAUGGAGCACAUCCGUACCACCAAGGUUGAGCAAGUGAAAUUACUUGACCGAUUCAGUACCAGCAACAAGGCAUUAACAGGAACACUGUAUCUUACGGCCACACAUCUGUUGUUUAUAGACUCUCAUCAGAAAGAAACCUGGAUAUUGCACCACCAUAUUGCCUCAGUAGAGAAACUGGCUUUGACUACUUCUGGAUGCCCACUUGUGAUUCAGUGCAAGAACUUCAGGAUUGUGCAUUUCAUUGUUCCCAGAGAAAGAGAUUGCCAUGAUAUUUACAACUCUUUGCUACAACUGUCAAAACAAGCAAAAUAUGAAGAUCUCUAUGCAUUCUCUUAUAAUCCCAAACAAAAUGAUUCAGAACGACUACGAGGUUGGCAGCUCAUUGACCUUGCUGAGGAAUAUAAGAGGAUGGGAGUGCCAAAUUCAAAUUGGCAGUUGUCUGACGCCAACCGAGAAUACAAGAUUUGUGAAACUUAUCCCAGAGAACUUUAUGUUCCCCGAAUAGCAAGCAAACCAAUAAUUGUUGGUAGUUCCAAGUUCCGGAGCAAGGGGAGGUUCCCAGUUCUCUCCUACUAUCAUCGAGAGAAAGAGGCUGCCGUUUGUCGAUGUAGUCAACCACUGUCAGGAUUCAGUGCCAGGUGCCUGGAGGAUGAACAUUUGCUUCAAGCCAUUAGUAAAGCCAAUCCAGUCAAUCGCUAUAUGUAUGUCAUGGACACCAGGCCCAAACUGAAUGCAAUGGCCAACAGAGCAGCUGGAAAAGGUUAUGAAAAUGAAGAUAACUAUUCUAAUAUUAGAUUUCAGUUUGUUGGAAUUGAGAAUAUUCAUGUCAUGCGCUCCAGCCUUCAGAAAUUAUUGGAAGUCAAUGGUACCAAAGGGCUUUCUGUCAAUGAUUUCUACUCUGGUUUGGAGAGCUCAGGAUGGCUUCGCCAUAUCAAAGCUGUUAUGGAUGCUGCAAUCUUCUUAACCAAAGCAAUAAUGAUUGAAAAUGCAAGUGUGUUGGUACAUUGUUCUGAUGGCUGGGAUAGGACUUCCCAAGUGUGUUCCCUUGGCUCGCUUUUAUUGGAUUCCUUCUAUAGGACAAUCAGAGGAUUCAUGGUUUUAAUUGAAAAGGAUUGGAUCUCCUUUGGACAUAAAUUUUCAGAGAGGUGUGGCCAUUUGGAUAGUGACCCAAAGGAAGUCUCGCCGGUGUUUACCCAGUUCUUGGAGUGUGUGUGGCAUUUGACUGAACAGUUUCCACAAGCGUUUGAGUUCAAUGAAGCAUUUCUUCUUCAGAUCCAUGAACAUAUUUAUUCAUGUCAAUUUGGAAACUUCCUUGGAAAUUGUCAGAAGGAAAGAGAAGAACUCAAGUUAAAGGAGAAGACUUACUCCCUGUGGCCGUUUCUUUUGGAUGACCAAAAGAAGUACUUAAAUCCUCUGUACAGUCCCAAAUCUCAGGCAGUUGCGGUUUUGGAGCCAAAUACAGUCUCUUUCAAUUUUAAGUUUUGGAGAAACAUGUACCACCAAUUUGAUCGAACAUUGCAUCCUAGGCAGUCUGUGUUUAAUAUAAUUAUGAAUAUGAAUGAGCAGAAUAAACAGUUAGAGAAUGAUAUUAAAGACUUAGAAUCUAAAAUUAAACAACAUAAAAAUAAGCAAACAGAUGGAGUUCUCACCAAGGAAUUAUUACAUUCAGUUCGUCCUGAAUCGCCUACCCUCAAAACUUCCUUGUGUUUUAAGGAGCAAACUCUGCUACCUGUGAAUGAUGCUCUUCGAACUAUAGAGGGCAGCAACCCAGCAGAUAAUCGGUACAGUGAAUAUGCUGAAGAGUUUUCCAAAUCGGAACCCGCUGUGGUCAGCUUAGAGUAUGGCGUGGCAAGAAUGACUUGUUAGACUCAUAGGGUAUUUUCUGGACUGACUGUAGUGCAACAAAUGGAUUGUUGUGAGGAUGAUCUGUGCGCGUGACCAAAGGGAAUUUGUUUAAAAAUAAUCUUAGAGUUUAACAGUAGGCUGAUAGUUGAAGGAUAAUAACUGCUCUUGUGAGAGAAAUAAGUCAGUUUAAUUGCAUUUCUAACAAAGAAUGACUUCCAGUUCUUUAAGAAAUGAGUGGUAUUGGCAAAUUAAUUCAAAACGCAAUUUGUACUGUAUACAAGUGAAUUGACAUUUCUGUAUGAUUUGUUAAUUACAGCCAAACAUGAAUAGCCUUCUUUAAGUUUAAUUGCCAGAAAACGAAACUUGACAAAGUGGUCCCUUACUUAACAGUUAACAUGGCAUGUACUUUUGAAUAUGUAACUAUGUAACUAGGAAUAUUUACAUAUUUUGCCUAUUAGUGAUAUUUAAUAUUGAAGUGCCAUGAAAAAUAUUUCUAAGAAAGCCUUAAAAUCUCAGUUUAUUCUUUACUCUUAAGUCUUAUAGCCUAGAGUGAGGUUUUUUGUUGUUUUUCUUUUGGUUUGCCUUGUUUUGUAAGAAAUUGCGCUCUCAUUACUGUGGGAGUUGCAUGCUACAAUACUUCUGUAUAAACAGUUGUAGAAAUAUACUGUUAAGUUCAUGUUUAGCUGGUCCCACUUCCAUAUUCAAAAUUAUUGAAACUGAAGGUUUUAUUCAGAUUACAAUUUGUUGAGUGCUACAUUUGAUGACUUAUUAUUUACAACUUUGACAGAUUAUUGAUUUCUUAAAUAUGUACGAGCACAUUUGACUGUCUUUUAUGUAUAAAUUACUGCAUUCUAUUGGUUCUUGUUUUGUGGUGGGUUUCACUCCUUUGAUAACUAUGUGAGUUUAAAAAGCUAAAACUCUAAAACUCUUCUUAGAAACAACGAAUAGUACAUAUCUGUAUAUUUUUAAACUGUUUUAUCUCUCAGUGAGUUGCUCUUCCUGGAAUAAACUUUCAGUUUACCCCGAAAUUUGGGGGCCAAAAAAAGGAAGUACAAAUAGUUUAGGGUUUGCUUGGUCGCAUGAAUUUUAAAGCAGUCGUUUCUGUGUGGAACAUUUUUUCCUUCUCUGUUAACAUAGAAAAAAAAGGAAACUUAAGGAUAACCUAGUACAAAGUUAAUGUUUAAUGGAAACAACUUAAAUGCUAGGAAAAGUUUCAUUUUGCCAUAUUAUGUUACCUGUUUAUUCUGCGUACUGGUACAUAUCUUUCACACUCACACAGAAUCACUUGCAAUUGGCAGUAUCACCCAGCUGGUUUUAAAACUGAAAAUUUAAGUAACAUGGGUGGCAUGAGGUAUGAUUCAGGGUACUAGGAAGUCCACAUAGGGUCCUUCAUGCUUCUCUUUAUUAUACCCACAACUAUCAUAUUAGUUUUGAACAUAAAUACCUUUUUCAAGUGGAACAAAAGCCUUAUUGUAUGAGAGCUUAUCUAAUCCUGUUUAUUUUUCCACUGCUUUUCUGUAAUGCAUAUUGUGUAAUAAGAAAAAUACUCUUUUUAAAAUAGUAACAAAUGCACUAUAAAAUACAGUUUGUGAUUUAGCCAAGCCUGUCUCCAUAUUUAAGCACUGGGACGGGAAUCUUAAUAUUUGUGACCACAAAGGGAAGCUUUUGUGCCUUGUUACUUGGUUUGAGUUAUUGAUUGUGGUUUUAGAAUCUUCCAUGGCAGACUUCUUAUAUUCAACUCUUUGGUUUAUUUUCUUAAUCUUCAACUUGAGGCAUAUAUAUGUGUGUUUAUGUGCUCACAUAUGGCCUGAGAAAUCAGUUAAUAUCCUAAGUGACCUACAGGGUAUUUGUUGGCAAAAAGCAGAUUGUGUAUAUGUCUUAUAAAAUUGAAUUUACGUUCAAUGUGUUUGAGAAUGUAUAGCAUGUAAAUUAUUACAUAUAUUAUUUAAAAGUAAUUAAAUGUUCAUGUUUUA